AUGGAUGGAAUGAUCGCAAUGUUGCCUGCUCCACUGCAGCAGUUGUCUUCUCAUAUCGAUUUUCAGGGACAGAAAGUCGCAGAACGCACUUAUCAGGUGAUCCUCACUCUUGCCGGAAUCAUUGGAUUCUUCGUCGGAUACUCAACUCAACAACUGUCAUAUGCAAUGUACACUGUGAUGGGUGCCGCCGUCUUCACCGCUCUCAUCAUCCUUCCACCAUGGCCAUUCCUUUUCAGAAAGAACCCGAUCGUGUGGCAAACUCCAAUCGAAGAACAAGAAGCGUCAUCAUCCUCAGACAACGAAAAGAAAGACAAGAAAAAGGAGACGAAGAAGACGAAGUAA